AUGAUGUUCGCCGCACCACCGACGUCCAUCGAGGACAUCUCGGAAACUCGUUCCCUGGUUGAGAGACGCACCCGCGGAGGAAGCUAUUUCUUCUAUGAAAUGAACGUAUUGCAACAACCCGAGCGCGCACGCGCUUGUGGUUCCGGUUCCAAGUCUGCCGCCGAUCGCCGCCCUGUCGACCCGCCUCCAGUUGUCCAGUUGAAGGUGGCCAAGGGCCCAACUCCUAACAGAGAGGAUGCCAAGGAUGUUACCAUGGGCUACAACGGCAACUUCUUUCUGUUUGCUGAACUUGCCCCGGCACGUCAAAUUGCUCAUGGUCGAGUCCAAACGCCGGCUGCCACCAGCAGCCAGACUCCUGUCUUGACCGGUAUGCCUGUCUCCGGCAUGGCCUAUCUGGACCGCCCCUCCGAGGCUGGUUAUUUCCUCUUCCCAGACCUCUCAGUUCGCCACGAGGGCCGCUACGUAUUGGCUUUCCACCUGUAUGAGGAGAUUAAAAACCCCGAAGACCGGGAUCAUGACAGCGAUCCCGCCGAAGACGACCAGCCUUGCUUCAACUGGAGAAUGCCCGUCAAAUCCAUCCCGUUUAGCGUUUACAGUGCCAAGAAGUUCCCUAGACUGACUGAAAGCACGCACCUGAGCAAGACUAUCUCAGAACAGGGCUGUCGUGUCCGUAUCAGACGUGAUGUCCGCAUGAGACGUCGUGAAGGCAAGCCAGCGGGCAACGAAUUUGAGAACAGCAACCCAGAGGACGAGUACAGAAACAGCAGGAGGACACAAACGCCAGAACUACGAAGCAACGCAGAUCCAUACCGCGCCAGAUCAGUGAGCAACAGCAGCGAGCAUCGCGCCGCGUACCCACAGGCACCUGCACCUGUGGUGCCAGAAAGGAGACCGUCUGCCGUGGAGUCGUUCCAGCCGCCGCCUCCCCCUCCUCCACCACACGUGGCUGGUGCUGCCCCGGCUUCAAACUCGUACCUCCGAUUUGGUGAUUCGUCUUCCAGCGCGCCGUACCCUCCCCAGCACGCUCAGCCCAUGGCUCAGCCCCCUCCGCUCUCUCCCACGGCAUCCUACUACUCCAACCAGCCUUCGCCGUACCACCAGGCCCCUAGCCACAGCUACUCUAGCAGACCUAGCUCACAAUAUGCCCCGAGCAACCCGCCUCCGACUCCCCAUGGCUCGUACGACAGAAGAGGUUCCAUGAUGGUGCCCCUGUCUCCGUCCACCCACGUCCCCAGAGACGUCGAUUACAUGCGACGCGACUCCGACCCCCGCAGAGACUCGUACUCUUACCCGCGUAUGGCGCCAUUGGCCGACAACAGCAGGUCUUCUGUGGUCCUUCCUCCCCUUUCCAGUCUGCCUGCCCCACCUCUGCCAGCUCACAUGCUGCGUGGGAGCGACAUCAUCGAGGCCAGCCCCAACUUGCCUCCUCCUUUGGAGCUGGCUCGCGCCGGUUCCAAGCGUGGCUACUCGGACACCUUCCAGGACUACCAGCGCCCUCUGUAUGACGGCCAGCGCCCGUCCGAAUCUCAUCACGGCGCACCCAUGUACGGCCCUCGUGAUGCCGAGAGCAUGACUUACAAGCGUGCUGGCGGUACAACCGUGACCAAGCCGAAUGGCAGCUACAGUGAGCAAUAG